AUGGAAGUGGACACUUCCGGGAUGAUAAUUUUGGUAAUGUCAUGGAACACUUCUACGACAGCACAGUUUGCUUCAGCCAUUGGCAAGAAGACUCACAUCAAGAUUGUGGUCAUUUGGCAUCUCAACUCUGGCAAGUCGACCACCACUGGCCAUCUGAUGUACAAGCUUGGAGGUAUUGACAAGAGGUUGGAGAAGGAAGCUGCUGAGAUGAAUAAGAAAUCAAUCAAAUACGCGUGGGUGGUUGGCAAGAUGAAGGCUGAGCUGGAAAGAUGA